UUGGAAGUUACAUGGUGGUGGUGUAGAUCCCUAAAAUUUCUUGGAACAGGUCUAGAUCUUCAUUAUGCGUUAAUUGAUAUGGACGCUCGUUACGAAGGCGAGGGAAAGAAGGAGGUGAUACUUGAUCUCGGUGAAGGGGCCUUCGCCCCAGAGACGAUUCCGAGUAAUCUCAGACACCCAACUGCAAAUGGAGGAAAGUUUCAAUCAGAAAACGAUGGAAUAAUGGCCGAUGAUGAGCUACUUAUCGUGGCUAGUGCAUCAUCUUCCGCGUCUUCUACCCGUCAGGGAUCCAAUGCUUUCAUGUCCGAUGAUGAUGGUGAGGAAAUCAAUCCAUAUUCUUCACCUCAUCCUCAGGACGAGCCCAUGACACAAUCAUCCUUCUGGAGUCCAUUCAGUUACUUUCCUCGACACUUGAUUAAUGGUCCCGAAAUGACCACGCAAGCCGCAGCGUCAGGUUUAAGUGCAUCAUCGAGUCCUUUCUUUUCUACCCCGCCACCACCACUUCCGUCACAUUCGAAGGCUCUUUCGGAAUCGUUACCUCCACCUCGGUCGGAUUACCCUACUCCGCCGCCAAGCGAGUCUCCCUGUGAAUCGCCUACUCGCAUUCCUACUUUCAAUUAUUAUGGAAACUCGUUGAACAAACUUCUUGCUAGCCAUCUAGAUGAUUUACCACCGAAUGCACCUUCUGUCUUGUACGAACCACAGGCUAGAUCGAUUGGCAAAAUGAAAAUGAAGACCCAUUCACUUCCUGCCACCCUAGCAAAUAUGAUGGAAGUUGAGGUCGAGGAAGGUAUAACUUUCGGAUCUCUUGAAUCGGGUCCAUCAAUUGAAGUACAGAGCGAGGAGGGGCAAGGAUCCAAUGGGAUUACUUUGGUCGCCUCAGCGGAAGAAGAUAUCAUAAUGAGAGACAAUGUUUCUGAAUCGGGUUCAACCGUGUCGGUUAACGUUGUCAAUCGUUCAAAGCAAGGUCGAGAAUCCAGUCGGAAUGCUUUAGCAGAGGGAGUGAUGGACCCGGACGCUAAAGUGGAAUCAGAACUAUGUCCAGAAGAGGUUGGAGUACAGAAUGAGGAAUUUACGGAUGAUGAGGACUAUGUUCUCAAUCAUUAUGAUCUUGUAUACCCAUCGGAUUGAAUAUAUCUCUCUAUGGCGUAAACCUUUUGGGCGCGGUUUCAACUUGAAGGUUAGGAAAAGUUCAAAUCUAAGUUAUGCAGCCGGACCCCCGGAACGGAACACUUUUGCUCCCCAACUCACUAGCUUAAAUUUUCAUUCCUAUAUUGUUACUCGAACGCGUCUUAUACUACUC